UUCUUUCUCUCGACUUGAUUUUCCUGAAAAAAGAUACAAAAUGCCGGACCACUUGGGUAGUGAUAUGCGAAAAACAAAGACUGAAGAUAAAGAAGACAAACCUAUUCAAUCCUUGGAUGAAGGAGACAUCGCACUUCUCAAAUCAUAUGGAGCUGGGCCCUACACAAAACCAAUCAAGCAAGUAGAAGAUGACAUCCAAGCCAUCGUCAAGAGGGUCAAUGAACUUACAGGUAUCAAGGAAUCCGACACAGGACUAGCCAACCCUGCGCUAUGGGAUCUGCAGGCUGACAAGCAAACCCUUACCAGCGAGCAGCCUCUGCAGGUGGCUCGAUGCACAAAGAUCAUCAAUGCAGACACGGAGGAUGCCAAGUACAUCAUCAACGUCAAACAGUUCGCCAAGUUUGUGGUGGACCUACACGAUAACGUGGCACCGACAGACAUAGAAGAGGGCAUGAGGGUCGGGGUUGAUCGUAACAAGUACCAGAUUCACAUUCCACUGCCACCCAAGAUUGACCCAACGGUUACCAUGAUGCAGGUUGAAGAAAAGCCAGACGUGACCUACUCCGACAUCGGAGGCUGUAAAGAACAAAUCGACAAACUACGGGAAGUUGUAGAAACACCUCUACUACAUCCGGAGAGGUUUGUGAACCUAGGUAUUGAGCCUCCCAAGGGUGUCCUACUGUACGGGCCUCCCGGGACCGGUAAGACGCUUUGCGCCAGGGCCGUGGCUAACAGAACAGAUGCUUGCUUCAUCAGGGUCAUUGGGUCAGAGCUGGUGCAGAAAUAUGUAGGAGAGGGUGCUCGGAUGGUGAGAGAGCUUUUUGAGAUGGCCAGAGGCAAGAAGGCUUGCCUAAUUUUCUUUGACGAAAUUGAUGCAAUUGGAGGUGCCAGGUUUGACGACGGAGCAGGAGGUGACAAUGAGGUCCAGCGAACCAUGUUGGAACUCAUCAACCAGCUUGAUGGCUUUGAUCCCCGUGGUAACAUCAAGGUUCUCAUGGCAACAAACCGACCCGACACACUAGACCCCGCCCUUGUUAGACCAGGAAGACUGGACAGGAAGGUGGAGUUUGGAUUGCCAGACUUAGAGGGUCGUUCACAUAUCUUCAAGAUUCACGCUCGAUCCAUGAGUGUGGAGAGGGACAUCAGGUAUGAGCUGCUGGCCAGGCUCUGUCCAAACUGUACUGGUGCUGAGAUCCGCAGUGUGUGCACGGAGGCUGGUAUGUUUGCCAUCAGAGCUAGGAAGAAGGUUGCCAGCGAGAAGGACUUCAGAGAUGCCAUCAACAAGGUCAUCAAGGCAUACGCCAAAUUCAGCUCCACGCCACGCUACAUGACAUACAACUAGACUUAUAGAAUAAACCAUUUCUGUUUUGUAUAG